CGACGCCCUCUGGGACUGGAAUUGAAACUCAGGUGAACUUGUCGAAAGUGCAGGAUGCAGCUUUAUCACGUGCUGGUAACGUCGAUUCUAUUGUUGGUAACAGUGCAGUCUCAAUCGAGCGGCAGAGUCACUUUCCAAGACUCGGAUUCGGAAACGCGCAUAGAACAAGAUGAACCAUCUGCAUUUCAAAAUGAGGGUCGAGGGAGCAGAAAUGGCACUCGUCAGGGCAAGGACUUGUUCGAUUGGAUCGGAUUUGGAACCGGAAAAAACGUAGAUCCAUAUUUAGCCAAAACGAAUCAAGCCUGUCUGAGUGGCGAACUUGCGGAGUGCUUCAAGUCCCAAGCUCUGAAGAGUUUUUCUGAAUUUUUCGACCUGAACGAGUACAAUCUUAACGAGAAUGUCAAAGUCGUCCGAAUGUCCAGAGACGUGGUCCGGGAAGUCAAUCGUCAGCCGUACGAAUAUUCCGGUGCACCAAGAGCCGAGGAGUCGGAGUGGGACCAGCUGUGGAAAUUCGCAGCCAGGAAAGCAGAGAAAUUCGUAAAGACCGUCGCCAUCGAAGUCGCAGUUCCUUCCUGGGUCACGGGACAAAAUGAGGUUUAUGCUCCAAGAUUUCUGGAUGAAAUUGCGGACGAGAUCGACACCAUUGAAAAUAAAAAGGAUACUCUGUUCUCUCGCAAUCAGUUGAAGAAGCUGCUGAUCCCAAUGCUGAUAGUCCUGAAGCUGUUCAAGCUGAAGCUGCUCCUCUUCCUUCCUCUCAUCCUGGGCUUGGCGUCCUUCAAGAAGUUCCUGGCAUUCAUGGCGAUUGUCAUCCCGGGUCUUAUCGGGUUCUUCAAGCUCUAUAAGCCGACGUUGAACAAUUACCAGCCUCCGGUGUACACCCAGAGUGGAGUUGGAUAUCCACAAGUCUUGUUCAAAGAGAACGCGAACGUCUAUCCAGAUCAUGGUGGAAGUUAUCCAGGAUAUUCGGAGAGCUAUCCUGGAGACACCGGGUCCUACGGACAGGACCUUGCCUAUCAGGGCUACAAGGAGUACCGAUCAAGGCGAUGACCU